AUGCAUGCAAAAAUAGUCGCUUCCAAAACCCAACCACAGAAGUCAGCCCAUGACGCGCGGACGGUAAUCCGUGGCGCUGUUCCAACGUUCAAGUUAAACCCUAGUCUCUACGCCUCCACGCCUUCACUGCUGUCCGGGACCUCGGGUUUGGAACUGUUACCGGGUGCGGAGUGGAGGCGGGAUCUGCGGGCGCUUGGAACAACCGACGUUCGCCCAUGA